AUGAAAAGCAUGGCGGAAAUGAAAGUAAAACAUGUUGUUGCGGAUUCUGGGGCGUUUCUACGUAAUGCAGCCUUACACGAUAUUGGAGAAAAGGUCUAUUCAAUACCAGAAGUAGUACAAGAAAUACGUGACAAAGAGACGAAACAGCGACUCCAAGUCCUUCCUUAUGAGUUAGUGUUCAGGGAACCAUCCACACAGAGCAUUCACAUAGUGUCUGAGUUUGCUAAGAAGACCGGGGAUUACCGCAGCCUCUCUGCCGUUGAUAUCAAAGUUCUUGCACUUACUUAUCAGCUAGAGAAGGAACAAGUUGGGAUUGAUCACAUAAAGACACAACCAGAGAGAAAGGCAACUUGGACUUCAAGCAAGAGAACUCUUGAAAAACCAUCACAAAUAGCAGGUUUUUAUCUCAGGGGUGUACAGAAUAAAAUAGUUGAUGGUGACCAGGGGUCUGAGGAAUGUAAAGAUGAUGACAGUAAUGACUGCAAACAACCUGGUGAUAUCACUUCUAAACAGGAGCAAACUGAUCAUAGCACUAUAGAGGCCCAAACUGAGAAUCUUACACUAGAAAACAACCAAACACAACACCCAGAUAAAGACACUGUUACAGAGAAGGAUAAAACUAAUACAGAAAGUCAAACAGACAGAGACACUAUAAAACCUGAAGUAUCAGACUCUACAGUUUUAACACCAAAAACAUGUGAAAAUGAUAAUGAAAAUAAUGAAACACUUAAAUUAGAAAAUGAUGUUGAUGGAGCACUGAUUAAAGAAGGAGAUAUCAAAGAAGAAGAAGAAGAUGAUGAGAGUGACGAAGAAGCUGAAAGUGAUGACGAUGAUGAUGAUGCUGGCUGGAUUACACCUAGUAAUAUUAAGAGAGUCAGAGAGGCCAUGGGUGAUAAGAAUGUUGAGAAGGCUUCAGUAGAAGUAGGCUGUCUCACAACUGAUUUUGCAAUGCAGAAUGUGCUAAUCCAGAUGGGACUGAAUGUGAUAUCUGUAGAUGGCAUGUUGAUACGCAAGGCUAAGAGCUAUGUACUGCGAUGCUUUGCUUGCAUGAAGAUCACAACGUUAAUGAUGAAAGAGUUCUGUCCCCACUGUGGUAAUGCAACCCUCCAGAAGCUGGCUAUGUCUGUGGAUGAUGAGGGGGUCGUCCAUUAUCAUUUCUCAAAGCGCAGACAACAUAACAUAAGAGGAAUGAGGUAUUCCCUACCUAUGCCUAAAGGAGGUAAACACGUCACUAACCCAAUACUCUGUGAGGACCAACCCACAGGUCAACAUAGGACAAAUAAGCACUUCAAUAAAGGUAGCAUAAAUCCUAUGGAUGCAGACUUUGUCUCACAAUCUUCACCAUUUGCGCUAAAUGAUGUGUAUUCUAGGUCUGCCCAAAUAAGGGUGAAAGGUGGGCGUGGCAGAGGCCGUGGAAAUAAAAAGAAUCCUAAUGAGAAUAGAAAAGUGUAUGGACGUAGAAAAUGAACAAUUAUUAGUGAUAUGAUUUCUACAAUGACAGAAUGAUUAAUACAUGUAUAGAUUAGUACAUGGAAAUAUUUAAGAUUGAUUUGACUUAAUCAUUU